AUCAACAAGCAAGGCGGAAUACCACAAAUUUUGCUUGCACUUCGAAACGAUUCCUACCACGUGCAGCGUACAGGAAUUAGUUCCUAACAACUAGCAUAAGCAACAUGCUGCAACCAAUACUUCAUCAAAUCGGAACAAAACGGGUUGUACUGGCCAGUGGAUCCCCGCGACGACAGGAAUUGAUACAAAAUCUGGGGAUAUCCAACGUUCAGCUUUGUCCAUCUACGUUCGAGGAAAACCUAGACCCGACCCAGUAUUCCUUCAGCGAUUAUGUAGCCAUGACGGCACUCGGGAAAGUGCGUGAAGUGUACGAGCGCCUUUCGAAGGAUGAUGCAACGAAAGCGGAUGUUGUGAUCGGGGCCGACACCAUGGUCACGAUGGAUGGAAAGAUGUAUGGAAAACCGAAAACACCGGAUCAUGCAUUUGAAGUGUUGCAAAAACUUAUUGGACAUAGUCACAUCGUGUACACUGGAGUGGUAAUAAAGUACCAUGGAAAGGAGGUAAAGUUUACUGAAUCCUGCAAGGUACAGUUUGGGAAAGCUACAGAUGCCCAGAUUAAAGCAUAUGUCGACACAGGUGAACCUCUAGAUAAAGCAGGAGGAUACGGUAUUCAAGGAUUAGGUGGUAACUUCGUAGAAAGGAUCGAAGGGGAUUAUUUUACUGUCGUUGGCCUACCGAUGUAUCGACUUUCUGUUGAAUUGUGUAAAUUAUUCGACUAUCACGUUGAAUGA